UUCGUGAACCGCAUUUUUGUCGACUCUUGUGGAAUGCAUUAUACUACACAUUUUUGUGCAAUGCAGUUGCGGAUCGUAUGGCAACAUUUUAGUUAAAAUGUCACCACGUCUCAAAAUAUCGAGUUAUGUUAUCGAGAGGUUGUCUAAAUUAGACACAAAUGAGAGUACAGGAUGUCUGUACGGGGUUAUGUACGAUGGGAACCUGCUCGUAGUCGGGCUGAGUCUGGAAUUAUUUGAGCGCGAGAAGAACACGUACAAGCAACUUCUCUUGCACUUGCCCACGGAGAUUGAGUUAUGCGGAGUCAUAAAGUUUGGGGAAAGUUUGACGACAGAGUCAAGGUUGAAGGAAAUUCUUCAGGAUGUAGACGUAACAGACAAUCCACUGGUGAUUAUUAUAAAUCAACAGAAGGAUAUGAAAGCCCACUUCUUAGUCCACGAUAAGUUUGAGGAGACCAAAUAUGAAGUACUGGAGGCGGACGAGUUGUGGAAACAGUUCCUCCAUGUUCGCCUUAACACCGUCAUACCACUGAGCUGUGAAGCUACUAUAACUGGUGUUAAGAAUAUAAUGCAGAAUAAAAGGAAAAAGAUAGCAUCAGGUCAAGUUUCCUUCCAUAUAAAUGGAACAUCAGUUUAUUUAUUCGGAGUAGCGUCAGAUGUAGGAUUGACCGGGAUAAGCACAGAUGCUACAGUCGGAGAGCUCUUGGACUCAAUGAGCCCAGAACAGCCCAAAAAGAAGAAACACAACACAAAUAGUAUAGAAAUAUUACCUGCAAACUUAAUUUUAAAAGCUACUAAGGAUAUACUGUCGGAUAAACUUGUUAAGACUGCUGUAAAGAUGAUGACUACACAACGAAAACCUGCAUUUUGUAUUAGCAUGCCGCUAAGGAUCGACACAUUGGCCAUAAUCCACCGGAACACAAAGCUGUUGGAGUUGUACACGGUGCUGGUAGAAGCCGCCUGCCGCUCCUUGAAACUGCUGGAAUCUGUCUUACUUGAACAAUUAGGUCAGGAGGGCAUCGGCGACGGCGCGGGCCUCCGGUUGCCGGAGACCUUCCACUUCGUCCCGGAUGAGCUCGGACACUUCCUCACCAGGAUUGUGCCCAAGGGCAUACCUGACGAGAGCAUGGAAAAAGAACGUCGUCUGCUCCACGAGCAGCUCGGGCUGCCGACAGACCGGCCGCUGUUCCGGCGCGGCAACGCGCACGAGCCGCCCGCGGCCCGUCUGCUCCGCCCGCACCGCGCGCUGUCCCGCCGCGCCCGGGCCAGGCGCGCGCGCGCGCUCGUGCGGGGCCGCUACGGGUACUACCACUACAUGCAGGAUGGCUUCAAUGAUGACGGUUGGGGCUGCGCUUACCGCUCCAUGCAGACCAUAUUCUCCUGGUUUAGGUAUCAAGGCUACACAACAGUGGAAGUCCCCACCCACCGUGAAAUCCAGCAGUGCCUCGUCGACAUUGGCGACAAGCCUUCCUCCUUCAUCGGCUCCAAGCAAUGGAUCGGGUCCACGGAGGUCUCUUUCUGCCUGGAGACUUUACUCGGGGUUCAAUCCAGGAUCAUAUUCGCGAACACUGGCGCGGAGCUACAGAGUUAUACCCCUGAGCUGCUGCAUCACUUCCAGAGACACGGGAGCCCGAUUAUGAUUGGUGGUGGGGUCCUAGCGCACACAAUCCUGGGCGUGGAAUGCGACGCGACCACCAACGAGACUCGCUACCUGAUCCUUGACCCCCACUACACGGGAGCUGACGACUUAUCUACUGUCCUGGCCAAGGGCUGGUGCGGAUGGAAGAAGGCAGACUUCUGGAACAAGACCGCUCACUACAACCUCUGCCUGCCGCAGACCAGGCCUGCUGUCUGAUCAACUAGUCCUAACACACACUCGACCCGUCUACUGUCGUCUCUAAGGGCUGGUGUAGGUGGAAGAAGGCAGACUUCUGGAACAAGACAGCUCAC